ACUUCGUGUCCUUGCUUGAUUUUACAUCUCGCAAGAAAGUUUUUAAAUCGAGCCUGUGUGAAGAUAGCAGUGCUUAUAAUGUGGAAUUAUGCGUAUAUAUGUAUUAAAUUUAUUCGUCUGCGACUGUAUGCUGAUUGAAUGUAGAUCAAAGGAUGCUGAAAAGAAAGCAUGUUUGAAUCAGUUUAGUGCAAAUCAUGCUAUGUACCUAGCUCUCUAAUGUGUAUCAUCAAUUAAGAUAACUUUUUAACUGUUUUAGACUCAAGAGAUUCCUAUUAACGAAGUAAGGCAGAAGAAGUAACAUUUUUUAAUCCACUUUCCUGAGAGAAGCUUAACAAAAUAAUAAUUUUAUCAACCAUGAGCCAAGACAGUGAAGAGCACAACGAACUGACCGAAAUGAGUAAUGUACGUAACUUUUGUGAAACAAAGAGUCCAACGACGUACGUUCGCAAAACAAUACUCGCUCAGGGUUUUAUGGCAUCUCUUGCCCUCUUCAUGACUGCUACGAAUGGCAUGACUUCAGGUUUUCCUGCCUUUCUCUUACCUCAACUUCAAUCAAACAGUAGUGAAAUUCCUACCACUGUAGAUGAAGGAUCCUGGAUAGCCAGUAUGCAUUCAGUAUUUACUCCAAUUGGAUCAUUGUUGAGUGGUCCUAUGAUGGAACACCUGGGUCGACGAAAUACAUUAAUGAUCACCAUUUGCCCUAAAGUCAUUGGGUGGCUCUGCAUAGCCCUUGCUCAAUCUCAUAUUUUGCUGCUCGUUGGAAGAUCUUUCACUGGACUUGCAACAGGAAUGUCAGCACCUCCUGCCUUAGUGCUUCUCGCAGAAAUUGCUGAACCUAAACUGCGUGGGUUUUUAACUGGCGCGCCUUCCACUAGCUUCUCUAUGGGAAUCUUGUUAGUCUAUGCCUUAAACGCUGUUUUGCCUUGGAAGACUGUAGCACUGUUUGCAAUGAUUUUGCCCUUUGUUGCUCUUGCUAUAUUUUUCUUUGUACCGGAGAGCCCUUUAUGGCUAGACAAAAUGGGUAAGACUGAUGAGGCAUUGAAAGGACUUACUUGGCUAAGAGGAAAUAACAGGGAGCAGGCAAAACACGAGCUUGAACAGAUGAGAGCGCAGCAGCAGCAUAACCAGUUAAUUGAUGAGGCGCUAUCAACCUCAAGGAAUCCCCUAUUUUCUCGACCUAUUUUGAGAGCCUUGGUGCUGGUCAAUGUGUUCAAUUUCUUCCAGGAGAUGGCAGGAACAUUUACCAUUAUCACUUAUGCUGUCAACAUUUUGCAACAAGCAACCGGUGGACAAGUGACUGUUACUGAAGUUGCUGUCUUAACAGCACUAGCAAGAGUAAUCUUGACCGGCGCAUCGUGUGUUAUGCUUCUCCAUUUUGGCAGACGACCAAUGACCAUUUCAUCUGGCCUUGGUUCAGGUGCUGCUGCCAUUUUUCUAAGUGGCUGGCUUUUCUGUGCACCAGAAUCUGAAAAUUUUAAAUGGGUGCCUGCUGCCUUGGUUGUGAUAUUUGUAAUAUUCAAUUCAUAUGGAUUCUUCAUGAUUCAAGGAAUAAUGAUUGGGGAAUUAUUUCCUGCCAGAGCAAGGGGUACCGCUAGUGGUAUCACCUGUGCUCUCAUUAACACCACACUGUUUUUCACGACUAAACUGUAUCCAUGGAUGACAGAUGUCAUGAAGUCUUCAGGUUUAUUUUUAUUUUUUGGGCUUAUGUCUUUCAUGGGAACAGCAGUUGCAUACUUUUUCUUACCUGAGACUUUUGGUAGAACGUUAGCUGAGGUAGAGGAACAUUUCAGUGGUCCCUCAGUAUUUUGGCGUCGCAAUAUUAUCCAGCAAUACAAAGAAAGCGUCAAUGAACAGAGACGGCAGUGUGCCCAAUAGUAGAGAGGAGAUUUAGAAUAAGAAAAGUUUAAUUUAUAAGACUGAAGAAACAGGAUC